UGGACUUCGGUCUUAGUGUCUGCGCAACAGCCGCCUUCAUUCGAAUUUGUUAAUUCGGCCCUGGAAUUAUGAUUGAGGUCGAGAUUAAAGGACGUUUUGGGCAGUACAUUAAGGCUAUUUUGCUAAACGCUACUGAAGAUGAUGCCAUUGUUACCUACCCGUCGAGGGAGGGCGAAGAACGUGUACCGUUAUCCAUCGUCCGACUACCCGUGCCACCUAACAGG